UGUACAAAUAAAUCCAGCCUCAAAUUCUUCCUUUGGCUCUGGAAGACACAUUGGGCCCACAAACUGGCCUGAAGAAAAGAGCAGGACAGGGUUUUUCUCAUCCACGGAGGAGAGGACACCCUAAGCCACUCACCAUUUGACUGUUACCCUAAUAAUAUGAACAAUGCCUGUGAGUGAAGAGAAAGAAAGAAAAGUAUAAGAUAUAGCAGAGUCCAGAUGAAGAGGUUUGGGAGAAAAACAAGCUUAUUGAAGUGCAAUUUUUGUCUUAGGGGCUGAAAGUUUGGGAUGGCAUUUCCAAUUUUUGGAGCAAGCCAAUAGUGCAUAUGAUUAUUCUGAACACACAUUUUCUGGAACUCGAUCGAUGGACAUCUUGAGGGACUUGGAUCCUGGCCCACACUCAUGAGAUAUCUGGUUAUGAGGUCAUUCUUUUCAGCAUGUUUUCAAGGAGAGCCUAGAAAGCCCUGCCUGAUAAUCACCCUGCUUCUUUACCUGGCUGAACCCUCUAAUCCUUAUUCCUCAACUUGGGCAACACCUCAACUGAGAAGUCUUCCUUCGUUUCCUCAAGCUGUGGCAGUCCACGAUGUCAUCUAAGGAUUGGCUGAUUCCUUCUCAUCCCUUCAAGGUCUCUCAGUAUAAUGCAAGCCAGACUAUCCGCCUGCCCUCAGGAAAAGGAUCAAGUCAGAAAAACAUGUCAAAAUCAACUCGAUACUUUUUGGUCCAGUAACUGGAUAAAUGGUGAUAGUAUUUACUGAAAAGAGAAUACUGGUGCAGAGGCACAUUUGGGAUGAGGGUAGAAAAUCAAGAGCUGACAUUUCUAUAAUCAGGUUAUUUACAGUUUAUGUUAUUACAAUCAGUAUUGCUGUAACAUCAUUUUACAUAUUCUUGUACACAUGGGGAAGACUUACUCUACAGUAUUUUAUACAGUAUAGGAGUAAAAUAGCUGAAUUCUAAGGUAAUUGAGUCUCUAAUUUUAAUAUAUUCAUGGAAUUUGAAAAGAAAAUUUGUGUGCACAAAGUAUUCUAGAAGUGAGGCAAAGUUACCAUUUAAAAAUUUUAAUUGUAGGGUUCUCUACAGGUAUCUUCAUUAAAUUAAGAUACCCCAUUAAUGUGGGGUAAUUUCAACCAUUUUAAUCUCUGGUUCUGAUUUCAAUAGCCACCAUUAAAUGAAUAGAUGGAAAACCACACAGCAGUGACAGAGUUCAUUAUUCUGGGAUUAACAGAUAAUCCCACACUAUGUGCCAUCUUCUUUGUGAUUUUUCUGGGAGUUUAUGUAGUUACCAUAGUGGGAAAUAUCAGUAUAAUCAUCUUAAUCCGAAGCAGCCCACAGCUGCACACCCCAAUGUACCUUUUUCUCAGCCAUUUGGCCUUUGUGGACAUUGGGUAUUCCACGUCAGUCACGCCAAUCAUGCUAAUGAGUUUUUUAAGAGAGAAAACAACUAUCCCUAUCACUGGUUGUAUAGCCCAGCUUGGCUCUGAUGUCACUUUUGGGACUACAGAAUGCUUCCUGCUGGCUACCAUGGCCUAUGAUCGCUAUGUGGCCAUCUGCUCUCCCUUACUCUACUCUACCCAGAUGUCCUCAGUGGUCUGCUUCCUCCUACUGGGGGCUUCCUACCUGGGUGGAUGCAUGAACGCUUCAUCAUUUACAGGCUGUCUGAUGAAUCUAUCUUUCUGUGGACCAAAUAAAAUCAACCAUUUUUUCUGUGACCUCUUUCCACUCUUGAAGCUUUCUUGUGGCCAUGUUUUUAUUGCUGAAAUAUCUCCCACCAUCUCUUCUGCAUCCGUCCUCAUAAGCACACUGUUUACCAUAAUUGUGUCCUACAGCUACAUCCUCCACUCAAUUCUGAAUAUGCGCUCUACUGAGGGGAGGAAGAAGGCCUUCUCAACCUGCACUUCCCACCUCACUGCCGUCACUUUGUUUUAUGGGACAGUUUUGUUCGUUUAUGUGAUGCCCAAGUCCAGUUAUUCAGCUGAUCAGGUCAAAGUGGCCUCUGUCAUCUAUACAGUGGUGGUCCCCAUGUUGAAUCCCCUCAUCUACAGUCUGAGGAACAAGGAGGUGAAAGGGGCCAUGAGAAAACUAAUGGCCAGAACACACUGGUUUUCCUGAAUCAGAUCAGAUAUAAAUCCAUAAAUAACAAAGCAAUGAUUUGGGGAAACAUUUGUGCUGGAUACUUUAAUGAUAUUUACCAUUAACUUCAUCACUUUGAUAGUGAAGAACUCCUAUAAAUGUAAAAAGCCAAUGUUUACUUCCAUGUAGAAAGUUAAAUGUAUCAUUUAAUGUGGAAAUCUGUUUCAUUCAAAUUAAAUAUGAACUUUUCAAGGUAAGAAUACCUGCUUGCAAAAUAGUUUCAUUAAUCAGUUGUGAGUCCUAUAUUAAAUACAGAGAGCUAUUUCCACCAAAGAUCAAAUUUAAUUGAAUUCCAUCUAGUUAAAUAACAUUUGGGAAAAAAAUUUGUCCCCAACAGAUCUGUAAUAAAAGAUAAUAUUGACAAGUCAGGAUGUUCAGGCCACUUCCUUUAAAGGUACUGCCCUGCCUUUGUCAAUGUAUAUUUAAACAUUUGGGAACAUUGAUGUUCAUGUCUCCAGAAAGCCUCUAUGUCCACUUUAUUGAAGCGAGAGCAAAGAUCAUGAUUCCUCUGCUUGGCCAUUAAGAGAUCCAACCCAGAUAACACAGAAGAGACCUUGUAUACACCUGUGCUGACUCUUUUUACAAUGUAAGUCUUACCAGAUGAGUCUAGGGUAAGAUUUCAGAAGCUGAGGUUUCUUUGGAGGGGGAGACUGGGACAUUGGGACUUUGUUUCAGCAAUAAUUUAUAGGUAGGAGGCACAAAAUUAUGGGUCAGGCAAAUAAUACGUUUGCCACACAUUUUGUAAUGUCUCUCAAGGAGGCGUCCACUGUCCCUGCUUCUUCCACUGAACUUUUGGCACUUAUGAUCCCGUCUGGUUAUGGCAGUUGCCUCUAAAUUGAUUCCCUGCCUCCUGUAUGCCUUUCACAAUGAUUUAUGAUUAAUAUUUUAGCUGAUAUAUUUUGUUAGCAUAUGAAUGAUGUCAGACAAAUUCUGAGACACUUUGGAGGGACCACUUUGCGAGCUGAGCUGGUAAAGCGCCAAAGUCAGCACGGACACAGCCCUUUGCAAAGAGAGGGCUCCCAAAGGUAUGACUUCAGUCUUGGAAAAGGUCAUGUUCGAGUCACGGUGGGAGAUCUGCACUCUGGUGGUUGAAGUUUUUCGCUGAGUGUUUCUGGAAGUCUUUGUCUUCUUCUUUCCUCCUAUACUUUGCUUUUCACCAGGAUUCAUCUUCAGCCCUCUUCCCUCUCCUCCUCCCCAUGAUCCCCAUAGGUAAUCUUAUCUUCUCCCAUGAGCUCAGCUGCCACUGGUGUGGUGAGAGUCCCUACACACCUUCCUUGAAGGACAGAUGAACUUCUUCACUGGCCUUUUCCCCCAAGACUCUCAAACUCAGUGUGCCCUGACUGUAUUUAUCGUAUUUCUCACAAAAUUAUUCCUUUUCCUCUGGUUCUUUCCCAAUUAGUGGCAACUCUUUGUAAGGCCUAGUACUGCAAGAGAUUUGGGGCAACUCUCACCGCACACCCAUCAAAAUAGUCUGCCUCCCUCCACCCCAUUCCUUCUGUCAGAUGGAAGACAUGUUGCAUACUGGCGUCCCCCAUAUCUAAGUCUCUUCUGUCUAGGCACGUAAAGACUCCCCAGUUGAUUGUGGUAAG